AUGGCGGUUGGAGAUGAUCUGGAGAACAGAAUGUCGGUGAAGGAUCGUGGGAUCGGAAGCGGAGGCGGCGACCAGAGCCGAAUCGGACCGCCGCCUAUGCCGAUUGCGUUGUCGUACUCUGAAUUUGGCGAUAACGCCUUGUCUUCGCCGUGGACGUCGUGGCUGGUUCCGUUGUUCGUCGUGGCCAACGUGGUGCUCUUCGCCGUCGCGAUGUUCGUCAACAACUGUCCGAGCCAUGCCGAGUCUCAUCGUUUCAACAGGCACUGUGUCGCCGACUUCCUCGGGAGACUCUCGUUCGAGCCUCUCCGCACCAAUCCUCUCUUCGGUCCGUCUUCUCACACAUUGGAGAAGUUAGGAGCACUAGAAUGGAACAGAGUUGUGGAGGAGCAUGAAGCUUGGCGUCUCUUGACAUGUAUAUGGUUACACGCCGGUGUGAUUCAUCUUGCAGCCAAUAUGCUAAGCCUCGUCUUCAUCGGAAUUCGACUUGAGCAGCAAUUUGGUUUCGUUAGGAUCGGAGUUAUAUACCUGUUAUCAGGACUUGGAGGAAGCAUAUUGUCUUCUCUGUUUAUCAGAAACAGUAUCUCUGUUGGAGCUUCUGGUGCUCUUUUUGGCCUCCUUGGCUCAAUGCUAUCAGAGCUUUUAACAAACUGGACAAUCUACUCUAACAAGAUUGCGGCACUCUUGACGCUGUUGUUUGUCAUCUUGAUAAACCUGGCGAUUGGGAUUCUGCCUCACGUUGAUAACUUUGCUCACGUGGGAGGAUUUCUAACGGGGUUUUUCCUCGGUUUUGUCCUGUUGGCUCGUCCUCAGUUCAAGUGGUUAGCUAGACAGAAUCUGCCUCUGAGAUCUAAGUACAAGCCUUACCAAUACCUAUUGUGGCUCCUAUCUCUGGCUCUCUUGAUUGCCGGGUUCGUGGUGGCGCUGCUAAUGCUAUUCCGAGGAGAAGAUGGGAAUGAUCAUUGCCACUGGUGUCGCUACCUGCGUUGUAUUCCCACCUCAAGUUGGAGUUGUGACGGUGUCUGA